ACCCAAAAAAAAAAAAACAAAGACCGCCGCCUUGCCUCCGCCGCUUCCCCAAGGUGAGAUUUUGAAGCCCAAAAAAUUACCAUCAACAAGACCAAAACGCAGUCGUUCGAUCAUAGAGCCGCCCUUUAUAUCCCAACCCACCACUCUCCUCAACCUCUAGUACUCUCUGCUGCCCCAGAUUCGAAGCUCUCAUCUUCACCAGUCACAAAUCACAACUCACACCAUUGCGUCCAUCGCCUGUCGUUGUAGCCAGAGCGGUUGCCAUUUCCUAUAGCCCGCGCCAUCACCCGUAGCCCACAUCCCUAGUCGGCCAGUCCCCACUUGGCUACUUCCCCAGGCUAGAAUUCAGGCAUGGUUAAGGAAGAAAGGCCACAGAUUACAAGGAGAGCAACCAGGUCCUCCACUUUGGCUAAAACUGUAGUUGAAGAAACAGAUACAAGCAGUCCGUGCGGAAAUGACACAUCUGCGAAUUCAGACAUGGUUAAAGAAGAAAGCCCAAAAAUUACAAGGAGAACAACCCGAUCCUCUGCUUUGGCCAAAUGUUCAAACAAUGUAGUUGAAGAAACAAAUGCAAGUAGUCAGCAGCAACUGACUAUUGAUGACCUUGUGAUUGGAGAAGAAGGUGAGUCCUUUAGCUUCAAUGAUCUGGUGUCUAGUUUUCCUAGUAGAGAGAAUCAGAUCAAGGAGCUUGUGCAUCUUUUGGGGCCGCAGAACUCUCCCAUGCUUCCUAUAUUUAUCUACGGAGGCUCUUCCACUGGAAAAACCAGUAUUGUUCUACAAACAUUUAGGCAUCUUAAACGACCUGUUGUUUACUCAAGCUGCCUUACCUGUUAUAAUCCUCGAGUUUUAUUUGAAUCCAUAUUGAAUCAACUGUUCCUUCACCGAAAGAAUGCAGAAAACGGUUAUUCUAGUGCAAAGCGCUGUGAAAAGCCAUCUGAUUUUGUGAAUUUUCUUCGCGAAGCCUUGGUUAGCAGUAUCGGUAAUCCUCAGGGACAAAAGUCAGGCAUAUUGAGUAGCAAAAGGUCAGGAAAGGCUAAUGGAAAUAUGAUCUACUUGAUUUUUGACAAUGUGGAGCGUGUCAAAGGGUGGGACAAAGGUUCUACUGUGUUACCUUUGUUGUUUAAUCUCUGCGAUACUCUGAAAAUGCCCGAGGUCGGUCUUGUCUUCAUCAGCAAUACCUCACCGGAUACAUAUGACUCUAACAUGGGCUAUGUUGAGCCUAAUCCACUAUAUUUUCCUGAUUAUUCAGAUGAUGAUCUCGGUCAAAUCUUAAUCAGAAACCAAGCAAACAAAAAGCUGUACACCUCUUUUCUCAGUGUUGUACUAAGGCCUUUCAGUAGAAUUACCAGACAAGUGGAUGAAUUGUCUAGUGCUUUUUCACUAUUAUUCAGAAAAUAUUGUGAACCUAUUACUGAUCUUGGGGUUGUUCCCAAUGAAGAAAUGAAGAGAAGGUUGUUUAGUCGUUUCCAGCCCCAUAUUGCUCCUUCACUGAAUGAGAUAUUUAAGGUAUCAACUCCGCCUUCCACUGAAGUUGAAGCUACAGAGAGAAAGCCGAAGGGUAGCACAAGGAAAUCUGGAGGUUAUGAAGUUGUUGACCAAUUAGAUUUUCACAUGUCUACUUCUGCCAAGUAUCUUCUUAUUUCAGCAUUCCUUGCUUCAAGAAAUCCAGCUACCCUAGAUGCAUCAUUGUUUGAUUCUACUGGAGGUUCUAAUAAUCGUAAACGAAAGAGGAAGGUCUCUGAGAAGUCAAUAGAACAGAAGGAAACUGCAGAACAAGAAUUACUCAUGAAGGGCCCUGGAACGUUCCCAAUGGAGAGGUUACUAGCCAUAUUCCAGUGUAUUACAUCCGUGGUGGAAAAUCCACUUGAUGAUGAGGAACAAGCGCAGGAUGGGUUAGGGAUUCCAGAUGGGCAUAAUGGGCUCAUGUCUGAUGUCCUUUUACAACUGACUAGUCUCUGUGGUGCAAAUUUUAUUGUCAAAGGAGGAAGCUGCCCACUGGAGGGCUCAACUCGCUAUCGUUCUACAGUUACUGAAGAUAUGGCCCUGCAGGUGGCAAGGAGCAUUAAGUUUCCUCUCUCAAAGUACUUGUACAGAAGAUGA